UGGUUCUUAGCGCAACAGAGAGAGAGAGAGAGAGACAGAGAGAGGUGAAAGUGGAAGAGAAAUGAAAGUAGGCUCUAAAAUAGUGUUCCUUUUCAGGGACUCAGACGGCUUCGGCCCAGCAAUCUUCGAAGCUUUCCAACCACACCCAAACAAUCCCUCCUCUCUUCGUUUAGUAGAAGAACCCUUUGAUUUAUCUUUGGAGAGUUAUGGAAUCAAGGAUCUUAAAGCGUCUGGGAGCUUUAUUCACUUCGUAGACCAUCAGGGUCUCUAUCAGGUGUCAGUGUUGCUUAUGCAAAACUAUGAACCUCCAAUACUAGCUUGUGCUAUUAAUGAGGUUCUAGCACAAAUAGGUGGAGAAAAAUCAUCCUCAUUGCCCACAAUCAUCGUCCCGUUUGCUGUGGCAUCAUUAAAGCUUAAGGGGGAUGGUAAAACUCUGAUGUACAAUGACGACAAAGUUUCACUUUAUGGUGUACAAAUUGGUCCAGAAACAGACAUAACCAAACUCAUGUUUACCAGGACCCAGAAGCCAUCAUCGACAUUUCAAAUUCAUCAAGAAUCUUUAGCUUGCUUGCUUCAGUUGGUCCGUGUCUUGAAUUUGCCAACUUUCUUUCUUAUUGGACAAAAAGGCAGACAUCUUUCUGAUAAAUUUAUGGAAGAGUUGGAGAUACUUCAUGAGAUAGGAGAAGUUUUAGCAAGCACUCUUAACCUGUCAUUUUCAAGAGACAGAAUCACAUGGAAACCAAAAGCUACAAAAAAGCAUAGUGAAGAGCCAUGGCGUGCAUUAUAUGGUUGAAUCUGGGGUGUUUGAGGGUUUAGAGGUUGAGAAAAUUUGAAGUCUUGAUGUUCCUGAUAAAUUUUUGUACUACAGCGCAUUCUUUAAUGUCAUGGAGUACUUGAAGUUUUUAUGAUUCAACUGGCAUUAUAAUAGACACAUGAAAAAUGUUAUAUUC